UUUUAGUCGUCGUCACGGAUACAAGUUGCCAUGAUACCAACCUAUCACAACUCCACGUGUUUAGCCACGUGUUUAUUAGUAGAUCCGGUUUAUUAGAGCUAAAUAGUGCGUCAUCCGCCAUCUCCAUGUGGCGUGACAGAUCAGCAUAGAAUCACAUCACUGCCUGUACCGCCUCUUCCCUAGAAACUCACACAUUCAACCGCGCCCCUUCAUCCCUCGUCGUUUCGACUUCGCCACGUCAAUCAUCAACAAAUCCGACUUUCCUCACUGAAAUCUCUCAUCCCAUUUAUUCAACUCAUUUCUGUUUUACUUCCGGGUUUUGGGUUCCAGAGCGCAGGUCCUUCUCUGGUCUGGUUUGCGUGGCACUAUGGCGGCGUCAUCUGGUGAACGACCGCCGUGGCUGCAUGAUAGUUUGGGACGAUUGCAGGCGGAGCAGAUGCUGACUGCGUUUGGGAGAGACGGAGGCUUCCUGGUGAGAAGCAGUGAGAGUGAGAAAGGAGCACACGUCAUAUCUUUAUGGAAACAGGGAAGAGUUCAACACUAUCGUGUGAUGAUAUCUGAGCAUGGACAUUAUGUGCAGAGAAAGAAAGGUGUUGAGGUCAAAUACUUCAAUUCACUGGAAGAAGUCAUCCAUCACCAUCAAGAGCACUCGUGUGGACUGCCAUCUGUCCUGAGUCACCCACUUUCAAGGAAUAUGGAUCUAGAAGAAGAUGAUGAAACGGAUGAUGAUGAUGACGACGAUGAUGAUGAUGAUGAUGACGAUGGGUAUGAGGAUGCUCCUGAGCCCAGAGAUUGCAAUGACGAUGACCUUGAAAUGUCAGCUGUCAUAAAGUUUUUUCAAGGUUCUGUUGCUGCGACGAGAGUUGAACUAGCCGAUGAAGUGGAUGAUGAAUUUUUGAGUGGUCUUGAUGUGUAUGUGAAUGAUGGAAUUAUAAACGACAUUAAGAGCAUGCACAUUCGUCGUGCACAUGCUGGCAUUCCAGAUGGUUUUAGACAGUUGAUGAUGUGGGCAAGCUCGGGUAUUGUUGACAAGCUGGAUAAUUUCACAAGACGAAUGAAAGUGUUGCAUAAAUUUCUGGAUCAGUGCAAUGGACAUAAAUCAGAGAAAUUGGAUCAAGAUGGAGUGUGUUUAAACGACUUUGACUUACAGUCUCUUGCGUCCAAACUUUCCACGUGUGCUCUAACAGUCAGAAACCUUGACAAGAAAGCCGUAUCUGUAUUACAACAAACUGCAGCUUUAAUCAACCCUCCACCAAGUCCAACCACCAAAACUCCACAAAGGAAUUCAUCUGAACAUAGCAUUCAAAUAUUUGAGGUUCAGGCUUUGUUUGCUGGUUAUUUGAAGCAGAAAUGCUUUCUAAGAGUUGACAUUGUAGAAGGUCGAUUGCAUGUGUCGAAAAAUGCUGAAGAUCUGCAGUCACCUUUCACUCAUGAUCAGAUCAUUCAACUUAUAAAAUCGCGUACAAACAAGUUGAAACUGGGAAUCAAGUUUGAAGGAAAAGGAAGGAAGGAUUAUCAGUUUGAAGAUGUAAAGCAUCGUGAAUUGUUUUGUCAACUGGUGCAGCAGAUGCACAACAUGCACAGUCACAGCCAAGAAGUAGAUAUGAUUUCUGUAUUUAUAGGAACAUGGAAUAUGGGAGAUGCUGAACCUCCAAGUGACUUUUCCUCGUGGUUUAAAUGUUGUGGUAGCGGCAAGCCACUCAAUCCCAGUUUGGCACGUUUUCCUCACGAUAUGUAUGUAAUUGGUACACAAGAAAGCACUCUCAGUGAGAAAGAAUGGGUUUAUCGUAUCAAAAACUCUUUGAAAUCUUUUCUGAGCUGCACGUUUAAGCAAGUGGCUGCUCAAACAUUAUGGGGCAUGCGUUUGGUUGUACUCGUGAAAGAGGAGUAUUACUAUAAAAUCACACAUGUUCAAAUGUCGACAGUCAAAACAGGAAUUGCAGGAGUUGCAGGGAACAAGGGUGGCAUUGGCAUUGCUUUCUGCUUUAGUGGCACAUCGUUUUGUUUCAUCAAUUGCCAUCUCACAUCUGGAAAUGAAAAAUGUCAAAGACGUAACAACAACUUCUAUGACAUUCUUCGAGGUCUUCAGUUAGGUCAAACGUCUCGAAGACUCGGUGGAGCAUUUGAUUUAACUCAUCAGUUUGAGCAUGUCUUCUGGUUCGGCGACCUGAAUUAUCGUGUGGAUCUGUCUGUGAAGGAGAUACUGGAAGAUAUCAGAAGUGCAAACUACGAAGAGUUGUUGGAGCAUGACCAGUUGAAGAGAGAGCAAGAAAACGGAAAAGCAUUCUUCGGAUUUCUAGAAGAAGACAUCAACUUCCCACCAACUUACCGACACAGACGUGGUACAAGAGGCGACUAUGAAUACAGAAAAGUCAAGAAGUCAGGGGUUAGACUCAAUGUGCCAUCCUAUUGUGACAGGGUAUUGUGGUCGUCGUUUCCGGAAAUUGACAUCAGCAAUUGUUCUUAUGGUUGUACUGAUGAUAUCAUGACAAGCGACCAUUCUCCUGUGUUUGCUACGUUCAAUGUUGGUGUGACAACACAGUAUAUUCCUGCAGCUCCUCGAUCCAGCACUCAGGGAGGAACCGGAACACAAAUACACGUUAAACACAUUACUGCAGAGAUCGGCACGACUAGCAAUACAACAUUCUACUUAGAAAUACACUCAAAUUGUCUGGAAGAUGUUAUUCGCAGCAGGCACAACUUAACUUUUGAAGCAGAUGCGAGCAGUAGUUUUGACAACCAGCUGGCUGGAGUCUCUUGUCGAGGACAAAGUCCAAAAGUUUACCCCAAAUGGACGGCUGCAGAUUUUGAUGUUGGAAUUUGUCCGAUUCUUCCUGACAAGGGAUACCUUGAACACCAACAUUUGCUGAUUGCAGUGAAGUCAAAUGAUGAUGACGAAACUUGUGGUGAAUGCAUUGUGUCAGUUCGACAUCUCAUCACUGGCCUCUCACAUCGAUUUCGACAACAUCUCUCUCACCGGGGCAUGUACACUGGCAAGCUAUUUGGUACGCUCUACCUACUGCGUGAUGACCAUCAAAAUCGUCCAGAACCAAUCUAUGAAUCAUUUAUUAGGAGUGAAGAUAAAGACGAUGAUGUCCCAGCUGCUUCUGAUGAUGCAAACACACGUAUGGCACGCCCUGAAGCUUCUUCCUCCAGUCGUCACAUGUCACUCAGUGGUCGAUUUCUUCAACGAAAACUUUGUGUAGAAGCUCAAGAACAGGUCAAAUCACGUCACACAUCACCAGCUUUAUCUCAGGUGGAACUAAGAAAACAGCCCCGUGUUCCACGUCAGUUCAAUCGACCUGCUCGUUCUGAUGUGAAAAGCGCAGCGUUUGCACGUCCACCUCUUCCACUUCGGGAUGAUGAGAAUCGCAUGUCUGCUGGGUCACCUGCAGCCAAUUUGCCGAUUGAUGUCAAACGAUGGUCAGACAGCGUGCAUCUGACGUGACUCCAUACUCAAUAUGACCUUUUGAGUAACAGUCGAAUACGAGUGUGCAUCUGUCUAUAUACACGUACGCGUAUAUUUCUGUGAAUACUGAACAGUCGCCAUGACUGACGAUUGAUUUACUGCAUGUUUUAUAUGCUAAUCGAUUGUGCUUUGUGGAGUAACCUUUCGUACCACUGCUCCUGCUCAUCUAGAGUAGCAUGCAUAUGCCUCUCAACUCUCGUGCAAUUUUGAUAUUGUCUCUUGAUCUAACGCAAUAUCCUGUUGGUACUCAGUAAGGCAUCCCAUCAUCUUAUAUUAGGACUGGCAUUGCUAAUAGUUAGAUGUAGUUAUCCUGGACACGGAUUGGAUAUGGUAGAUGGUAAUAUUUUUACGUGUAGGUUAAGUGAUUUUGUGUGUUAGUUAUGUCAUUUUGUCUGUGUGUGUG